AUGCCGCCUAAAGGACGUCAAAAUAAGAGGGAAACCUCUGAAGUUGUUGAGGUUAGUGAAUGCUCUGAUGAUAGUUUGAUUGUGCCUCUAGAGCUUGAAAUAUCAAUUGAAGAUACUGAAAAUUUCGUGGACGACGAUGACGAAAUUACGGAGGAAGAUAUGGCUGCAGAAAUCGAAAGAAACCAAAUAGAUGUUGAGCAUUUACAAAAGCAAAUGAGAAAAUCAAACUUGAAGAAAGAGCUGAUGGAAUGUCGAAAGAGGUUAGAAGAGAUGAAAAUUUUAGCGUCCACAAAAGGUAUGCCUACUAUUUCGAACGUAAAAUCUGGACUGAAAUUGACAGAUCUGAGGAAGAUGUCACAAUUAGGUGCCGAAGUUGACAAUAGAAUGACUUCUAUUGGAUUAGUUGACUCCGACAGCGACUCCGAUGUUAGCAUGAGUUUUGAAAAGGACAGGUCAAAAACCAGACCACGAAUAUCAACAAAAUCUGGUAUUAACGCGAGAUCCAGCGACAUGGUCGUUUGCCCACGACGUUGGCCUCACGCUUCCCUCCAUUUCCAACAUGCAAGCAAGAAUUAUAAUUUUGCUGAUUUGCCACUAAAUCUUUUUGUAGCAGGGGAAUUAAAAAUUCUGUCGAAUUCAGAAACUUUGAGCGUUGAGAGAGAUGGGAGGUUAGCUUUGCUUAAGAAAAUUGUAUAA